CAGGCAGUUCCAGCCAGCUGUCAACUAUACUUCUAUCAAUCGUUCGCCACUGGCACUCAGCGGGAGAAAGAAAAACUUCGAGGGUGAAUUUAUUCCAUAUUCAAUAGUUAUCGCGAGCCCGUAUCAUAGCCAUUUAUUUUGUUCACAACCAGUGUUUUUUGUUCGUGUGUGAGUAUUACGCCUACUCGAUUUCGACGGAGGAUUCUGAAUCUACGUUCUAAUCAACCGCGAAGAUUGUAUUUCUCCUGUGCUGAUUUUCGGGGCAGCUGGCUGCUAUCAGAUUCGGAUGGUGAAACUUAUAAGUGUGUCGUUCUAGCUAGAGAAUCCGCUUCGCUUGUGUGGAAUCACUUGUUCUGAUUGGGAGGUCAAAAAAGUGUGCAACGAUUACUGAUAAUGGUUUCCCGGAGGAGCUAGUGUUGCUACUCGUCUCCGAUCGAGAGUAUGUGUUCGAGCGAAAGUGUAUCGAAAGUAGUGGAUUAGUUUUGUUGUGUUGUACAUUAUUAGAUGGUGUUUCCGGUGCCGAAUAGCAUCAACCGGAGCCAAAGAGUAAAAUACUUCCGAUGACCUCAGACGGACCGCUAGUCAAUUUGGAUUUCGAAGAAACCAACGCGAAAGCUAACUUUCCAGCUGGAGCUACCACAACAACAACGACGGUAAUAGCCGCCGUUCACCACCCAGAGAGGGAAGCGACGUCAAAUAGAUCGUUGGCGAACGGGGGCUCUUUUGUUGGAUCGAGGAGAGUGGCUGGCGGAGGUGGAGGAGGAGAUCCAGCCCUGACCCGAUCUGCAAAUGUAGACAAAAGCAAAACGAAACAGCAUGAGAUAAACGUCGAUCUGUCAUCGGACUUCGACAGGAAUAGUGUGAACUCUUUGUCGACUUCAACAGCCGCCACCGAGGAUUUGAUAGGAUCGGGAACGGGUGCAAGUUCUUUGUCACUCAUUACGGAAGUGCACUUCGAAGGCAUUACACUGGAUUCCGGGAUUGAUCGGGAAUCGCAGCCACUGCUUGGCGGCCGCGAGCAUGAAAUUACCUACAACCAAUUCCCAGAUGACCCCCACUUCAGUGACCUGGUGUACUCGGCCGAAAUCGCCAUCGAUGCCGGCAUCUACCCGGAGCGAAUCUAUCAAGGAAGCAGUGGUUCUUAUUUCGUGAAAAACCCCGCCAAUAAAGUAGUGGCGGUAUUCAAACCGAAGGACGAAGAGCCCUACGGAAGGCUCAACCCAAAGUGGACGAAAUGGAUGCACAAGCUGUGCUGUCCGUGCUGCUUCGGGCGUGCGUGCCUCAUUCCCAAUCAAGGCUACCUAUCGGAAGCCGGCGCUAGUCUGGUCGAUCAGAAAUUGAACCUAAACAUUGUACCAAAAACGCGCGUUGUCCGACUGGUUUCGGAAACGUUUAACUAUCCCCGCAUUGAUCGGCAGAAAGCACGUAUUAAGAAGACCAUCAAAGAGCGAAUACCUGCGGCCCGCUUCAACCGGAUGAGUUUGCCACCUAAAACUGGCUCGUUUCAGUUGUUCGUUGACAGUUUCAAAGAUGCCGACUAUUGGCUGCGACGCUUCGAGCAAGAGCCGCUCCCGACGCGACUUUCGCAAAAGUUUCAGCUGCAAUUCGAACGGUUGGUUGUGCUGGACUACAUCAUCAGGAACACCGACCGUGGAAACGACAACUGGCUCAUCAAAUACGAACAACCAACGAUAGUUUCGCAUGUCAACGGGAGUACUCCGAACGGAAUUCCCCGGAGUAGCAGUCGGUUGGAAAUGACCGAGAAUACGGAUUGGAAUUUGGUUCAACUGCCGGAAAUCAGGAUCGCCGCCAUCGACAACGGGCUGGCGUUUCCGUUCAAGCAUCCGGAUUCGUGGCGUGCCUAUCCGUAUCACUGGGCUUGGUUACCGCAAGCGAAGGUACCGUUCAGUCAGGACAUCAAGGACCUCAUACUGCCCUCGUUGUCUGAUUUGAACUUUGUCGAGGAAUUGUGCAACGAACUGUACGAACUGUUCCGCCAGGACAAGGGCUUCGAUCGGGGCCUGUUCGAGCGGCAAAUGUCUGUGAUGCGCGGCCAGAUACUGAAUCUGACGCAGGCCCUCAAGGACGGCAAGAGUCCGGUGCAGCUGGUCCAGAUGCCGGCUGUCAUUGUUGAACGAUCAAAGGUGAAUCCCGGUUCGGCUCGAUUUUUCUCAUUCCAACAGCGCUUCCAAAAUAAGAGCCCCUUCUUCUCAUGGUGUUAGAAAGAAAUAUUUCCACGAAACUAAGUAACGAACAACACCGAAUAAAUAAAAAAACGAGAAAGUAAGUUUAAAACUAACAGCAGAAGAAGCAAAGUAAAUAGUGACUAAAAACCGAAGCGAAAAAAAUAGGUGAAACAAUGUUCUGGGAACACUAUUUGUUUGUAUGAAAUCGCGAUAAUGAAGAGGAACGUUAUAAAUUAUAUAUAUUGAAUAGUGAACACAAAAUGUAUGUAUUUAUCAUUCAAAUUAUGAAAAAAAAAUAAAGUUAAAUAGUGUAAAACCAUUCUGCUGACAGUGAACCAUUCAAAUGUCUAACGAAAUUCUCCCGUUUUUGCUUUGUUUUGCUGGUAAGUCGAACAGCCCUGAAAAUUUUCUUUAAUUUAUUCCGACAUCAAACGCUUGCAAUCUUAUGUAAAUAAGCUGUUAUGAAGAGGAUGAAUUUGGUCUCAUUUUUUUAAUGUACCCAAAAGGAAGUUACUAAAACCCGUUAGCAACAUUGAACUUGAGUCAAACAUUUCAAUGUGGCACUUGGCAGCAAGUAGUAGAGAGGUUACGAAUCAAAUUAACGUCACUAGUCUUAUUUAAUAAAUUGCAUUACUACUAAAGCAGAAAAAAAGCAUAAGUCUAAGUUUGGAAUCAGCUCAUAUUUCGAAAUUUGUACAACAGCAGAAAUAUUCGGAUUAGGUCAAGUAAAACGGAUUCACGAACCCGGUUGGUCCAAAAGUAGUUUGAAUUUUCGACAGAUACAUUUUCAUAAAACAGCAAAAGGAAAUAGUAACUGAUAUAGGCUAGAAACAUUUCCGUAGCUAGGUAGAUCAACAUAGGAAAUAAACUAUAUACAAACCAGUAACAGUCAGGCAUGGGUGGACAACAUUUGAGUGUUCUACAAUAGAAGACAGGCGAGAGAGAGAGAAAAAAUCAAACGAAAGGUCGCGAGUUGGAUUUAGUGAAAACAAGCCCGAUCACUAGCAAUGUUUUAGUUAAACUUAUAUACUACAUCACAUCCACAGUUACACAAAGGCAUGCAGUCCUCAAUAGACCAACUACGUUUUACAAUCAGUUGCAUUAGUUCCGAGAUGCAAAUCAAUAAUAAUCAUCAAAUAAAAUA